AAAACUGACGGUCAUCGUGGAGGACCGUAACGACAAUGCCCCCAUCUUCCAGAACCUGCCGUAUGAAACCACCGUUGCGGAGAACAUGACAGCCGACAGCAUCAUCUACACGGUGUCAGCCAACGACAGCGACACUGGGAACGCCUCCAAAGUCAGCUAUAGCAUUGAGGAGGUGAUCCCGGACAACACGAAGAAUCAUUGGCUCUUCUACAUCCUGCCCAACGGGAGCGUGGUGCUCAAUGGCUCGCUGGACUAUGCCUUGAACACCUUUUACCAGAUCAAGAUCGUCGCCAAGGAUGGCGGGGGGCUGCUGCACGGGGUGCUGACCUUCCAGCAGAGCACGACCUACUUGUCUGUGACUGUCCGUGACUUGCCCAACCUCAACCCGUGGUUCCUCAAUGAGCCUUACUCCGGCUCUGUGCCGGAGAACUGCCCUCUGGGCACCACCGUGCUGACCAUCACCGCUAUUGACAGAGACACAGGAGUGAAUGAUGAAAUCUCCUACAGCAUCACCAAUGCCAGCAUCCCUUUUGCUAUCAAUGCCAUGACGGGCACUAUCACUGUGACUGGCUCCCUGGACCGGGAGCAGCUCCCAAACGAAGUGCUGCUGCUGGAAGUCACGGCACGCGAGAAGAACCUGGACAUCUAUGGCAAUGUGGCCGAGACCAGCACGCAGGUGACGGUCACCGUGACUGAUAUCAACGACAACAAGCCUCAGUUCUACCUCUGCUCCCUCUCCAGCUGCAACUUCUCUGCUGAUGCCCAGAGCAACUUCACGGGCAGCAUCGUGGAGCACACCUCCUCCAACGUGGCUGUGUCUGGACUCGAUAUCGUCACACAUGACCCUGACAAGGGCGUCAAUAGCAGUUUUGAGCUGUACCUGCAAGGUCCGAAUGCCAGCGCCUUCUUUGUCUCCCCCAAGAAGAUUGUGGGCACGGGGGAAGUCCAGAUCCUGGUGCAAGAUUCACUGUCUGUGGACUACGAAAUAAGCCAUGUCAUGGUGGUGGAGAUCGUUGCUAAUGACACAGGGAACCCCACAGACUGCUGCUCCAUGGCCACUGUGACCAUCAACCUCAUCGACAGCAACGACCACAUCCCCGAGUUCCCCCAGACUGUUUACAGCCUAAGCGUGGUGGAGAACAGUGUCGCCGGCACCAUCAUCUCCCCAGGCAUCAGGGCCUAUGAUCCAGAUAGCGGUAUCCUGGGCCAGAUCACCUACCAGCUCUUCCCAGAGAGUGUCCGGGAAGUCUUCAUGGUGAACGCCACAAACGGGGCCGUGCUGGUGCGCAACGGGAGCUGGCUGGACCGCGAGACUCGCUCCCUCUAUUAUGCCAACCUCCAGGCCAAAGAUGGGGGCAACCUGACAGGGUCCACACUGCUGGAGAUCACUGUGCUGGAUGCCAAUGACAACCCCCCCGUCGUCACCGGCUCCUACUUCAUCUCCGUGAACGAGGGGCAGAACGUCAGCGUGCAGAUCCUGGCCAUAGACAACGAUGAGCCUGGCACCCCCAACAGCGAGUUGCACUUCAAGAUCUUGCCAGGGCCAUUCAGUGCCAACUUCACCAUUGAUGCGGUCACGGGUGAGAUGCACAAUGAGGGACUCCUGGACCGCGAGGCUUUGGAUGAUGACCGUGGGCGGAUGGUGGUGACGGUGGAGGUGCACGACCUGGGCACGCCACAGCUCAGCACCUCUGUCAACGUCACCAUCACUGUGGGGGAUGUGAACGACAACGCGCCCAUGUUCCUCAACCAGUCCUAUAAGUUCUCCGUCUUUGAAGGCUCUGCAGGGUCCUUCGUGGGCAACGUGGAGGCCACAGAUGCUGACAAGACGGACAUCAAUUCCCGCAUUUCUUUCCUGCUUCAGAGCAGCAAGGGCUCCAGCAACUUUCUGAUCCGCUCUUCCCGCCUGGGGCCAGGGAAACACAGCGGACAGCUGUCCCUGGACCCCGAUGUGUCCCUGGACUACGAGAGCUUGCAGCAGAAGUUCUUCUCCCUGGUGGUACUUGCAGAGAAUACAGCGGCAGACAGCCUGGGGGACACCGCCAAUGUCUCAGUAGUGGUCUACGUCCUAGACGUCAAUGAUGAGCCCCCCACCAUCCUGCCAACCUUGCCACAGGACGUGAGCGUGAGCGAGAAUGGCACGCAGGAGGGCCUGGUCUGCACCGUGGUCGGCUCCGACCCGGACACCAACCACUUGCUGGUCUUCGAAGAGCUGGGAGUCACCUGCUUCAAAGGGGCGAUCAGUGCUGGGGAGGUGUGCAGGGACUGGUUUGUGCUGGCACCCAAUGGCUCGGUGCUGGUGAACAGCUCGGACAUUGACUACGAGCUGUGCGAUGUGGUGGUGCUCAUGCUGCGGGCUGAAGACGUGUACACCGAGAAGGGCAACCGCUAUAGCCAGAAUGGUACAGCGCCCGCACCCCUCUCCUCCCACUGUGGCCAGGGAACAGAGGGAGGUGGGACCUGCCUCUCCAGCCCCCCAGGAGGAGCCGUGAGGAGCAGGGAGGGAGCUGGCCAGUUUGGGGAUGGAGGGAGGACAUCCCUACCCCUUUUGGUCCCUGUGGCAGGGGCCUGAGCCUAC